AUGGCGCAGGCAAGUCGACGGCAGUUUGCUCCCCUCAAGCAUGGCGCUGCCCAGACGACCGGUGUGCCUCAGCUGAAGGGCGUAGUCUUUGAUGUAGAUGGGACCUUAUGCGAGCCCCAAAACCACAUGUUCACCGAGAUGCGCUCCGUUCUGGGCAUACCCAAGUCCAUCGACAUCCUGGACCACAUCUACUCCCUCACCCCGGCCUCGAAGCAAGAAGAGGCCAUGGAGUCGAUCCGGGCCAUCGAGCGCCGGGAGAUGGCCAAACAAAUAGCCCAGCCGGGCCUCACGGACCUGAUGCGGUACCUGGAUGAGCGCGGCGUGCGCAAGGGCAUCUGCACGCGCAACUUUGACGGGCCCGUGACGCACCUGCUGACGCGCUUCCUGCCGGGCUCCGUCUUCGCGCCCAUCGUGACGCGCGACUUCCGCCCGCCCAAGCCGGACCCGGCCGGCAUCCUGUUCAUCGCGCGCAGCUGGGGGCUGAGCCGGCCCGUCGGCGAGGCGGCGCAGGACGACGACGAGGUGAUUGGCGAUGCCAGGGGCCUGAUCAUGGUUGGCGACAGCAUCGACGACAUGACGGCGGGGCGGAGGGCCGGUGCCGCGACGGUGUUGCUGGUAAACCCGGCGAACGAGCACCUGGCCGAGCACGAGCAUACGGAUCUGGUGAUCAAGCGGUUGGAUGACCUGGCCGUGAUCUUGGAGGACGGGUUCAUUGGUCGGGAAAUGCCGUAG